CACCUUCUGGGGCGGCUCCGCGCUCCGCGUCCUCCGCGGAGAGCGAUGGUGGGGGAAGAGACCCCGCGGGCGGCCCUGAGCUGAGGCGCUGCCCGCCCCGCGGGGAAGAGGAGGAGGAGGCGGCCGGUGCCCUCGGGGGGUUCGUGCGCGGGACCCGGAAGCAGAAGCGGAGCAGCUGGAUGGGAAGGAGCGAUGGGGGAGCGGCAGAGCUCGCUGAGCGCCCCGGACGAGCCGCCGCAGCCGGCCUCGGAUGGCGAGACGGGGCGAAGCGCGGAGCCGCCGCCGCUGCCCGGCCCCGAGCGACGAGGGGACGAAGAGGAGGCGGAGGCGGCCGGGCCGGAGGAGCCGGCGGCGCUGUCGGAGGAGGAGCCGGGGCUGGAGGGGAGCAGCCGCCGCCGCCCCCCCCGGCGGCACGUGUACUGCACCGUCUACUGCGUGGAGAACGACCGCCCCGCGGCCCCCGGGCAGCCCCAGCCCCCGGCGCGGCGAGGGGUGGCAGCGGCGGGCGACGGCGUGGAGGUGGUGGACUUGUACCUGCUGCCCGAGCCCUUCUCCGGGCUGAUCGCCGGCGAGUUCGGGCCGCUGCUGGUGCUGAGCUGCCGCGUGUGCCUGGAGGAGAAGCCCAUCAAGCCCCUGUCCUGCUGCAAGAAGGCGGUGUGCGAGGAGUGCCUCAAACGGUACCUCAGCUCCCAGGUGCAGCUGGGACAAGUGGAUAUAAAAUGCCCGAUCACAGAGUGCAGCGAACACCUGGAUGAAACAACUGUCCUCUAUAACCUGCCCCAUGAUGACAUCAUCAAGUAUAAAUAUUUUCUGGAACUCAGCCGCAUUGACUCCAGCACCAAGCCAUGCCCUCAGUGCAAGCACUUUACAACCUUCCGGAGGAGAGGCCACAUUCCUACCCCUGCCAAAUUGGAGAACAAAUACAAAAUCCAGUGUCCAUCUUGCCAAUUUGUCUGGUGUUUCAAGUGCCACUCUCCCUGGCAUGAAGGCGUUAACUGCAAAGAAUACAAGAAGGGAGACAAGCUGUUGCGUCACUGGGCCAACGAGAUCGAACACGGGCAGAGGAAUGCCCAGAAGUGUCCAAAAUGCAAGAUCCACAUCCAGAGAACGGAAGGGUGUGACCAUAUGACCUGUUCACAGUGUAACACUAAUUUCUGUUACCGUUGUGGGGAGCGAUACCGCCAGCUCCGGUUCUUCGGAGAUCACACCUCAAACCUCAGUAUCUUUGGAUGCAAAUACCGCUACCUCCCUGAGAGACCACAUUUAAGGAGAUUAGUGCGAGGCUCUGUCUGUGCUGGAAAACUACUCAUUACACCCCUAAUACUGGUUCUGGGACUGGCACUGGGAGCCAUAGCUGUUGUAAUAGGUUUAUUUGUGUUUCCUAUCUAUUGCCUUUGUAAAAAGCAGAGGAAAAGGUCACGGACAGGUAUGCCCUGGUAAGGAUGGACCUUACUCACCUGAACUGAGCUGGUCCUGCAAGGGCUAUACGCGUUUUGUGCAACAGAGCAAUACAGUGCUGGUAACAGCGUGAAAGCCACCAACCUGGAAGAAGGAACAGGGGAUCUCCUGCCAUCUUCCCUCAGCCGACAACACUACUGCAGACCAGAAAGCCUCUUUGCUCUAGUGCACUCUGAACAAGAUGGGCCCCCUGACUGCUGCUUUUUAAAUAUUUUGGGUUUUGUUAUUUUUAAUUAUUGUUUCGGAGGGGGUUUUUGAGUCCCAGUUUAUGAACUAGACAAUCAAAGUCUGUAUUGUAGCCACAACUCUACUACCGAUUUGGCCUGUGAAGAAAGCAUUUAACUGCUAACAUGUGCUCCGUUUAACUUCAGUGUCAGCAUUUAAGGGAGAAAUGCUUAGAAGUGUUUGGACUCUUGCUGUAUACUGAGCGUACUACUUUUGGUAUUAAAAACUACUUCUGUAAAUAACUUCCAUCACACAGCAUUCUGUUCAGCAUUCCGAAACCCUGCCACAUGCCAGAGCAUGACAGCUGGUUAUCUUCCGAGUCCUCCUGCUAUAGUGGACAAGAGUGUAGAUUGCCACCGCCAAACUGCAGUGCCUAAGAAAGAAAUACCCUUAGUAUUGAAGCUCAGUGAUACUUAUAUGCUAAUUGGUUUCACUUUAGUAAUUUAUGACAGUCUAAUAAUAUUGAUCGGGGGUGACAGAAUUGUUAGAAUUCAACGUUUUAAAGCUCUUCCAGUAUGGAAAAAAGAGGUUUAGAUAAAAAGUGUCCAUGGCCUGUUCUGUCCCAAUAUAUCCCUGGAGUGUGAUGCAGAACAUACAAGGAAAAGUGUUUGCAGGGAAGCUGGAAACUACUUUUUUGUUCUGACUUGGUAUGUUAUACAAAUGCUACACACUAGUUGUGUGAAAAUUGAGUUGUUGAUAUUUUAUAACUGAAAUAGCAUGUUUUGUUUAAGUAGACUACGUAAGUCUUAAAGCAUCCACAGAUGUCUCCUGAGAAAAAUCUGAAUUUUAGGUAAGGAGAGGGGUCCUGAAUCCUUAGGAAUUUCAUUCUUAUUCUCUGCUUCCAGUGUCUCUUCUUGGCAGAUUUGAAGAGAUAGCUAUCCUUGCUCUUUUCCUAACUUCAGAAUGCCACUGUUAGCUACCAGACCUCUUCCUCAGCACAUCACCACAAGAGAAAUGUUGUUCAGCAUUAGGAAUCUGCUGCCAAGAAUUUCUUUCACUUUUAGCUAUAAUCCAAAUUUAUCAUAUAACUUAAAAAAUAGAACGAAAUAAAUUUGUGUAAGCAGAACACUGAAAAAAUAAAGAAACUGAAGAAGAGAAAUAUUUGCUUUGUACUUUAAAAAUACAAGCUGAUCUUCAAGAAAAGAAGAUUGGAUUCGUAUUAUAAAGGUACUUUCUCUUUUCAGUGUGUGUGUUUGAAGAUAUUUUUGUGUGUGUGCGCACGCGUGUGUGUAUAAGGAGAGGGGAAAGCAGAGAGAUGGGCAGUGUCCUGAAGAGUCUACAGACUUGAAAAUAGCUUAUUAUUUGAGAGGAUGUACUUUGCAAUGCGUUCCUUGAAAACUUAUUAAAUAGUGAGUAAAUUCUGCCCCACCAACAUAGUACUGUUACAAGAUACUCACAUGGAUUCCAGAGUCUCAGUUGAAGAAACUGGUGAAUUUUGUUUACCUGGAAACACAAAUAUCAGCUUACUGUAGUUGGCUAUAGUAUGCUUGUCUGUCAGCUUCUGGUUUUGUUUUCUUGAGUAUUUUUUCUUGUUGAACAGUGUAUAAAAGCACACCGUAGUAGUCAACAAGUACUUAAUAGUUCCAUUUGAACUGAAGGGCACAUUGACUCCGUUGUCCUAAUGGUAGAAGUAGUAUGUGUCUAAGAUUUGCAAUUUAAGCAGGGAAGCAAUGACAUUUAGAAGUAAAGUUUGACGUAUAUUGUCAAUACAAUUCCAUCAGUUAGAUUUCUUCUUCUAUGAAACAUCAGUUUUCUAUUUGCAUUCUGUCUGAGAUUGGAAGCUGCCUUAAAAUUGGUCUUGGUUUUGAGUGUGUUUUCUGAGGCUAUACAUAUCAGCUGUCUUUUGGCUUACUCAGGGAUUUUUAUUCCUUCCUUUAAAUGUCAAAUAAUGAAAAUAUUUUUGUAUUAUUUAGAAAAACCUUCAGACCUCAGAGGAAAAUAUAGCUAGAUAAGAUAAAUUUGGGAUUGCAAUGCAGCCUGUGAUAUGGUGUCAACCUUUUCCACUUGAGAAUAUUUUACUACUUGAGAUUAUCUGUAAUUAAUUAUACAGUGGAUUAAUUUCCUUUCUUUUCCUGUUUCUUUAGAAAUAUGUGAGAUAUUCUUACUUUCUUUGUAGCUGUUUUCACUCUGCCAUGUUUGCCAUUUUCAGUUUGUGAUGGGAAUUCACCAAGACCUGAAAUUAGAAUGCUAGAAUAAAGAGCAUAAAAGGGAAGAUAAUAGAGCUGCCCUUAUUUAUAUUCAGAAAGUGAAUUGUGGGUAGAGGAAAUGAACACACAUUUCAGCUCGUACAUUAUCAUUUUGUAUAAGGCAUUUUGAUUUUAUCAGAUUUUGAUUAAAUCAAAGAGAAAUGGAUCUUCAUUUUCUACAGAUAGCAAAACAAGGCAUCUUUGACCUUGUACAGAUGAGAGUCUAAUCUUGCUUUCUCUGUAGGAAAAAAAAAACUAGUGUGAAAAUAUUUCCUUUUGCUUUUCUGUAGAACGGGAAAAAAUUUCAAAAGCCAGAAUAGGGAUAUAGAUUUCCCUCCCCGCCAUUAAUAUUACAUAACAUAACCAACUAAAAUAUGAGAAGUAGUGCAAAACUUUGUUGAAUAAAAUGUUAGCUUUUGAACAGCUCUUCUAAUAUAAGGAAUCUUACAUUCGUCAGAGGUGUCAGGUUUUUAUAAGCAUUUGUCAGUUUAAAAGAAAUGGAAUGAACUUUGUAAGGAAAUUUAGGGAUGUUUUUCUUUAAUUAUGUAAACAUGUUUUGGUUUUUGUAACUGUGCUCUAAAGAAACUCACACCUUUCUACUUCAUCUUUAUUAGCAGAAAACUUCAUCAGGCAGCUGGAUUAACUGUUCUACUUCAUCAGGCAGAUUUCAUGCUACUGUAUGCUGUACACUUGCUUUCACUACACUUUAGAUUAUUUGUCCUUUUGAAAAGUUCUUGCUCACAGAUACAUGUAUUCAGACUAGGAAGUGCUUAAAUCCAUUCUACGCUAGCCUUCUGUUUCUAGCUUGCCUGAAGUGGGCUUGGGCACACUUGCAGAUAUGCUGUUGGGGCUACUGUCCUCCUCAUGGCACUGCGCUCCCACUGGGGAAGACUUUCUGGACACCCCAGUCAGGAGGGAGCUGCUUUCCCUUUCUCCACUAAGAAUAAUUAGUCGUAUUUAUUAAUUGGGUCAAGUUUGAGGGCUUCUUAGGCGCGUCAAUGGUAGAAUGAUUCUGACUGCUGCAGCCUCUGAGCAUGGUUAGGUAUAUUUGCAGAGCUUAAGUAGGAGCUUGUGACUGCAAAAAUAAUUGUGCUUUCCCUUGUAUAAAUCUAUUGGUGAGAAUAAGAAGCUGAGCAGCAAUGGAAGCGACAGGCAGACGUGCAAUUCUGAGUAGCCUCAUGCUGUAGCUGACCCAUUGGUUUUAGUUCUGUACCAAAUAGUCUGUUAGUCUUCAAUUCUUACCACAUCUAUAAAAAAGAACAUAUUAACAUCAUUCAGAUGUCACUAAAAUACAGUGCACUUUGAGUGAUCUAUUAUCUUCCUUUGGGGCAGUGCAAAUGCAUAAAUAAGGGAGGAUUUUGUUUGAUUUUGAUGUUUCUGACUUCAUAACUCUUGCUGGUAUGACGGGAGUUCUUGGUUUUGUAUCUAUUUAUUCAUUCUGAAAGUUUGAUCAAUCUGAGUUUUACUUUAUUAACUAAUUUGUAGUGACUACUGCCAAUUUAACUAGAAAGCAUUUUGGAUCACUGUCAGAUAUUCUUUAUAGCCAAAGGGCUUUCUGCUCUUCCAAAGACUGCCAUAGCUUGUGUGAUGGUAAAUGGUCUCUGUUAGGUAGAGCAGUGAUUCUGCCAAAGGAUAUAAAUUCUCCGGUGACUGAAUGGUUUCUCUUGCCAGUUAGAUCAUAGAAACUGUUUCAUAGUCAAUGGCCAAAUAGUUUGCCAUGCACACUCAGAAUUCUUUAAAAUUUAAUUGUGGUGUUUUGCUUCUUGAACAAAUAUUGCAUCAUUCAGAAUGCUUGGUAUAACUCUGUGGCUCCAAGUUGUGGGUAAGAACCACGGAUUACUGUCACUUUUAUAAUCUAUAUUAGAUAUCUGAUUUUGCUGCUAGAAAGAAUCCUACCUGAGGGAAAUACUAGAGAGAAAAUUUCUUAGUUUCUUUUAGUUUUCCAGCCUUAUAGUUACAGUAGGUCAUGUCUAUUGCAGACAUCGGUCGUAGCCCCAUUAAACCAGACAAAUUAUAUCCAUUUUUAUGCCAGCACAGAAUUUGGCCUCAAACACUUUGAUAAAUACAUCUGGCAGCCUGUUGACAGUCACUGUUUAGCAACUUGAAAAUCUGGUUUACUUCUGAAGUGCAAACUGCUAUGGAGGUGGUCCUCUCAUUUGCAGAGUGACACUACUGCUGUUUAUUAACUGCAGGAGAGGGCAGGGAGUAGGGAAGAAUUUCUGAAUUACAUUUGUAUUGAAGCAAAUUGUCGGGAAGGAAUACUAGUUUUUAAUAUAAUAGAGACCUUCUUAAUGCUUUGAGGCACCAGUGGUGUUGGAAAAAACAUCCAUAGACAGUGUGAAAUAACAUUCUGCUUUCUUCAGUGCAGCAGAUAUUAGCACAGCAUAAGAACUGGAAUUACAGCUGUUCAGUAUUUUUUGGACUUAGCAGAUAAACUUGAAGACACACAACAGUUGGGUUUUAUGUUGCUGAUCUAUUUGGUGGCUUAUCUUGCUGCUUCCAUGUGAAAAAACAGCUGAGCCUUGACUUAGCUGCAAUGAGACUAGCAGUGUUUUUAGUUAAGUACUGCUCAAUCAAUAACACAACACCCCGAAACUUUCUUCUUAAUAAAUCAAAUGCAGCUUGUUGCAGUUAUACAGGACUGUAGCUUCCUGGCUGAUUCUUCCAUAUUGCUCUUUGCAUAAUAGCUCAGGGUCUAUACACUCUCUCCAGCGAGGAAUGGGGUGUUCACAUUAGGCAGUCAUUGAUGUUCUUCCCAGAGUGAGAGUGGAAUACCAUAAGGUAGGGAAAUGAAAACUGAUUUUGGAGUGUAUGCUCUGAUUUCAAAGGUGAAAAUGUGUAAUAAGCUUUAAUUACUUACUCCCUAGUGAAAAAUAAAUACAUAAGCUUCUAAGAAAAAUUCCAGCUGUUUAUUUGUAAAUGCAGCUCUUCAAAAAAAAAAAUCAACCAACCACAGUAAUUACAAUAGCAACUACUUCAUUAAAUAAUUAUUUGUGCAAAAGAAAACAUUUUUGGAGGUAAUUUGGCUUACCAAAACUUGAAGUUUGCAAGUGGAUGGAUCAAAGGCAGAAAGAUAAAUUUAUCGUGUAAAAAUAUUAGAUAUGUUAAGCAUCAACAUGAAUUUUGCAUAUACCUGCAUAAACACAGCUGCAUGCUAGACUCAGUGUUUAUCUUGUUGAAAACUUGUCAGACUGAAAACAGUAUUGUUGAAAUUUUAACCUACUGUCACUAAGCAUGUUGUUACUAAUAUGAUUCCACAUUUACCUCAUUUUUAGAAGGAAAAUUACUUACCAAUUCCAAACAAGCUGUUCAGAUAUUUUCAGCCUGACCUGAAAAAAAAAAUGCUGAUGCAGUCAAGAAACAUUUUCCUGCCUUAUGCAAGCUCUGGGUAAGCAAGUUAAUUCAGUCUUUAGUCAUGGACUAUCCUUCUGCAUAAAAUAUGCAUUCUCUUAAGAGUUCUUCAGAUCAAUUUGCAUUCUGCUGCUUUGUGUCCAGAAAUUGCAAGGACAAGGGCAGAUUGACAUUUCACUGUGUUUACCAUCUCAUAAUAAAAUGUUUACCAUAUUUCCAUUUGUUAUACACUUUAUUUCUAAUGCUCUCCUUUUCCUUCUGUAUUUCAUAAUUUGAAACUGACUUGUGAAAAUGGCUGAAGAUGAAAUUGGACCUGGAAGAUGUGAUUUCAUAAGAAGUGAUUUCAGUAAUACUUCGCUGAGCUAUACAGAUUAAAUCUGUUGUAUUUAAGUUACUUAAAUGCAAAAUGCUGAAAUUCGUUUUUCUUCAGGGCUUUUUAAUUUUGCAUUUUUUAAUGUAAUUAAACAGCAGAGUCAUCUUUGUUACGUAACUAGCUAUCUGAGUCCAAAUAACUUUUUAAUGUAUUUAUUAAUUAUUUUGACUAUGGUAGAGAUGAGAAUAAUAGGUGCUAAGAAAAGGAAAACGUGAUCUCUCUUUCUAAGAAGGUUGUCCAAGCUGAACAUUCUCUUAAUUUCAUGACAGUUCAGUAAGAAGUCUUCCCGUGCCCCAUUUCUUUUCUUUUAUAUAAAUUAAGGUGAAGAAUUCCCUUUAAAAUUUGAAUGGUCGGAGUAGUAAAAUGAUAAAUCACGCAGUGUUCAGCAUACAGGCUUCUGGCACAACUACCUAGUCAAAACACUGCAGAUUCAUUAAGAAAGCAAUUUCUAACUCCAUGUUUGGACUAUAUACAAACUAGAUGCAUCGUUGAUUAGAAUUCUCUGUAGUAUAUUUAUUUGAUUAUUACGAAGUUAUAAAAACUGGAGGUGGGCAAUACCCGUGUAAUCAGUGCUUGAAUUCCAGUAUUCGGUGUUUUUUAUAUAAUGAGAAAUGUUAAAUGUGUAAGUGCCUUAUCGCUUGAUGCAAAUGAAAAGCAUUGGUUCCCUUCCAUGGAGCAAUACAGGAAUUUCUGAUCCGUGGAGUCCUACAGACACACAUCUUAAGCCAAAGUAACCAAUACUGGUUUGCUCAGAAAGUUAAUAAAUAUUGUUAGUGAAGAAGUUAUAAAAGUUACAAGUUUAUUUAUUACAAGUUAUAAAAGUAAUCUGGCAUGUCUAUUUUAAUUUUUAUGAUCUUGAUCUCCUUUCUGAUUUUUCUAACUUGUUCACCACCUGCCCCAUCAUCUCCCUUCAGACUUCUGCAGAAAUGCAUAUAUGUGUGGCCAAAAUGAGUUUGGACUUCCAGCAUAACCAGCUGGUAAUUUCAAACCACUUAAAGAAAUACAACUUUUUGGAGAAGAAACAUCAGCUGAAGUUAAGUUAGACCGCAACCUGUGGUCUCUGUGUCUUCACACUCCACGGCUCAAACAGGCCCUCUUCUGUACUAAUUCGUGAAGAUGGAAGCAGUGAGGAACGUGGUGCACAGAGGUGCACAGUAGCCGGGUUGGGACUUAGGAGCAGUAUAACAGCAUUUCAGUGGCAUCCAACUUGAAUUAAUGUAUUCCUGUUAAUACAAGUUGAUAGUACCUCUGGGGUGGGUGUCUUAAUGGACUAAGACAUCAAACAAGCUUGGUGGAGCAGCUGUGGAAUCUCUGCCCGGCCUUUCAUUACAUGGUGGGAACUAUGAUCUGAAAAAUAGUAUUUGUUUUACUGUCUUCAGAUGGCUUCCAAAUCAUUACUCUAGGGUUUAUUUCUUCUGGGAUUUCUUCUUUUUCGCAGAAGACAGUGAAAUUUUUCCUUUUAUGAUCUAGAUCUGAAGUCUGAUUUUUGUUACUAACAUUGCUUCUACUUUUGUCUCUCUAUUGGAAGUCAGGUGUCAAGAAUAAGCUCCUUUUCUAAAAUUUAUUUUGAAUUACAGGGACUUGUUUAAGAAAUUCUUUUAAGAAAUACUGAAGUUAUUAAAGGUAAUUAUGAGAAGGAAAUUUAGUUAAUAAUGGGGUAGGUAGAUGAAAAAUUAUGCUUAGAAGGUCUAUUUAUUAUAGAUUCAUGACCAUAAAAUGGCUUUCCCAUGUUCAAUUUUUCCACUAAGAAUUUAUAAAGAAAAGAAAGAAAAGAGGGAGAAAUGAAGAUGAGAAGAGUAUCUCUUGGAACAUUUUCUUUCCCUGAAAUUCAUGAGUUUUUCAGAACUGUAGGAAAGGUGCUUUUCUUUUUUCCCCCUCUGGAGUUUUUAGUUAGUAGAACUGUCACUUCUUGCAGUAUUAUUCAGGAUUCAGCUUGCUUCUCUGACAUUUUUGGUGAUAGUGAAUUGGGUUUAGCGCCAUACUGCAAUAAAAAUAAAUGAAUUAUCACUCAUAACUAUUUUAGCCUCUGUUUCAGUGUUAUCUCCAGGUUUUAGGCAUUAACCAAGUCAUUCUAUAACACACUGAAUAGGAGGCACCAUGUAUCAAAGUACUUCUUCAGUCUUACGAGUUACUGUUUAUUUUUAAACGUUAAAUGACAGUCUUAUAACCAACAGGCACAGAAAGUUUUUUCCAUUAUCUUUCUCUUGCAUUUAGAUGGUAACUGUAUUUUUUUGUUGUUGUUGCAGAGUAUUGCAAUGAUGGUCUUCAUGCUGUAAUAACUUGACAAAAGUAUUUGGGAAUCUUGGGCAAUAUUUUACAAAUAAUCCAUCUUCAAGUUGGUAUUUUAAACAUAUACCAAUAAUCACUGUUGAGUGUGCUACCUUUGUGGCUGCUUUAGUUUGUGUCAAUGUUUUGUAGGGAUUACAUCUUGCUACUCUGUUCAGAGUGCCUUUUAAUUUAGAAGGCAUAGACACUGUCCACUGAUGUCUUCUGUUGAGUUUACCAUAGUAAUGUCUAAUUUUUGAACUUGUCCUGAUGAAUGUAUAACUAAAAUCCUGUUCUUUUAAAAAGCUAUAGUAGACACAGAUUGUAUGUGCACAUGCAUGGAUGCAAGGGAAGGUGUUCUGCCAAUGUUUGUCCUGCUGGACAGGACCUUUUGAAAGUAAGUGAAUUUUUUAACAGUUUUAUUUUCAAAAUGUUACCUCACUAGUAUUCAGUAGUAGGUAUGUCUCUGUACUGCUUCACAUUGCUAAAUACAAUCACAAUCAUGGUAGGCAGUUUAAUUUAUGACUCUGAUUAUUCUGGUGUCUGUACUGAGAAUGAAGUUCGUAAGUGGAAAACUUGCAGUACUUCAUUUCCUUUAGAGGCAUUCCUUUCACUUACACUGAUAUCUGAAGCCCCUGUUACCAACAAACUGAAAAAGUGCUUCCCUAUGAUGAAAUGGAAGAAUGUAAAGUCGUGUUUGAAUGCACUCCACCUGUUUUAAAAUCAAUAUUCAGAAAUGGGGGGUGGGGGUGGAUUUAACGAACUAUGGGAAGAUAUAUAUUGUAGAGUUCAUUCAGUUGCACACAAGGAGUUUUACGAUGUCAUCUAGUAACGUCUACCUAAUAAAGUUUUGAAAAAGAAAAAGAAAACUUGUCUGAAUGUUUAACUCUUUCUUUAAAACAAUCGUAUGCAGGAAUGAUAGUUGACCAGCUUUAAGGAGUCUUGCUUACAUCUAUAAUCUUUUUUAUGAUUCUUACAUAAUUCUUAAAUCUUUUGAUGGGAAUUUUUAACUUCAGAAUCUUUGUGUUCACAAUCGCUCUAUUGCAGUCAUGGCAAUUUUAACUGCUUUAAAAUUGAAACUAGACUUGAGCAGCAUUUUUCCUGUAAGGCAUAUUUUUAUGUAAAACGCUCCCUGACAUGCAGUGUCAUCUCUGGGCUACUGCUUUCCUUUUUAAAAGCAUCUUAAUAUGCAACACAAUUUUACCUUCUCAUUAAAUGUUAAAAUGUUAGCUUAAAAUAACCCAAUACAAAAUGAGGAGAAAAUACGUUGGUAUCCAAUUUUCCCAUUCCCAUGUAGGAUUACUUUGUAAAGCUCGAUCUCUUUGAGAGUUUUUAGGGAAAGCAGCCUGUAGCUGUAAGCUUGAAAUAUGCAAUCCAUUUAUAGAACCAGGUGCUUCUUUCUCUGGAAAGGAGCUGUUUUCAGUUUCCACACUUUGUGCAUUCACAAUAUUGAGGGAGUGUUUUGUCUGACGUGUUGAUGAUUUUUUUAAGCCCUAUGCCCAAUUAUGAAAUUGCAUUUGCAUGUUCAUGCAGACAAGGUAGUACACUUAGUUCCUACAGAAACAAACUUUAAGUGAAGCUGAAACACAAUUCCCUGUAGUGAAAUACACAGCAAAGAUCUUGAGGCUCGUGCUAGGUGCCUCUGGCCAAGGACAAGCAUUUCAGCCUGCUCUCCCCAGCCCCCUCAACAGUGAAGAUUUGCAACCAAAUGUCAAGGGCAUCAUACCAGAGGUUCCUUAUCUGCAGGAAUUCUAGCAUACAGUCUGCAGCAGUGGAAAGAUGGUCAGGAGGCCAAAGAAACUGAUAUCCCUGGAGCUGAAACUGAAGUUAAAGGCCAACUUCUCACUUGCAAUCUAAAACUGUCUGACAAAUGACAGAAAAGCAGACUUUGAUUAUAAACGUGGUAUUUCUCUAAGUAAAUAGGAUUCGUGUGCUCCACAAAUUAUUAACACACAACUGUUUUUCAGAUGUUUCUCUUCAGAUGACUGACACGUCCUUUUGCAAGUAGUAAAAAUAGUGAUUCUAGCAAAUAAAUGUAGGGGCUUUCCCUAAGUCAUUAAUACAUUUGUACCUGCUCAUAAGCAAUUACAUUUAGCCAUUAAAAAAAAAAUUAACAUUCAAAACAUUUUGAAUCAAUACUGCAAAUUCUCCUGUUUUUGCUUAGUACUUUGGCUUCAGCAGUGAACUGCGAGUGGGUUGUGUGGAAUCCUAGCUAAUAAGAACAGAAUUAGAAAUAGCCUUGUGGGUAAAGCUGUGAUGCCUUGGAAAAGUCAGCAAGGCUUUUAUGAAGGAGCUGUGCCUUACUAGCCAUAAAGUUUAUUUGUCAGGUCAGCAAAUCAUCUUGUUUCUAUAGUGUGUCUGAAUUUCUACUUGAAAUCUUUGUUGGAAUUCCAUAUGAUGGCCUCAAACGCAACUAAAUAGACAUGGGCUAAGACGGAGAUCUUGCAUGGAUGUUGUAUAGGCAAAAGACACAAAACAGAGUAAAUAGUUUUUGCAGCGAAGGAGGAUGUCUGUUGAACUCUGCAGCUAUCUGUGCAUAGACUUUGCUCUUGAAUGUAUUCGUAAAUGCUGUGAACAGAAAAAAGUAAGUGAUGGACUGAUGCUGCUGAUGAACAGUCAUGUGUGAGAGCAAAGCUAAGAGCUGGUAACAGUGAUCAAAUGGAUGGGUUUUGGGCAAUGAACAACAAAAUGGAGCAAAAGUCUUCAGCACAGGAGUGAUACGACAGAUACAUAAUGUUUUUCAUGUUUGUAAUACAUUUGAGUGAUGUUCUGUGCUGGCCCAGACCUUACCUCUUUGAUCACCUUGAGCAUAAGUAAUACAGUUUCUCUCUCGAAACAUUUCUGUCUUGACGAGAUUGCUGCAAUUCUAGGUGCCCAUCACCCGCUUUUGUUUGCCUUCUGUCUCAUCAGUCCCAUUUCAUUUUGUAAAUUAUAGUUUCUAUUUUGUUCUCUUUCAGGCUAAAAAAUGCUAGACUGUCUCCCAAAUCUUCUAGCUGGUAGGAGAAAAAGUGCAGUAAAUUAAUUUUAUAAAGCUCAUUAAUGCUGCUUUUCAGGCUUGUGUCGUUAAACAGGACUCUGCUAGAGAUUCCCCUGAUAACUAUUGUACACUUUUACUUUCUUCAUUUUGUGAUUUUCAUGGUAGUUCUACCAUCUGUAUGAUGCAUCAUGUACUAUGCAUGUUUUCACUGGGGAAUUUUUUGGGUAUUUUUUUAAGGAAAAAGCCAUGGAUCUUCAGCCGUACAUAACUUCUGAAACUGCACAGUUUUUUAAAAAAAUUCCAGAUAACUUUUUCUCAAUCAUUUGAAUCUAUUUAUUGUCAAUAACUCCAGUGAUUAGGUUUAUUCUGUAAAUGCUCUAGCUUUAAAUAUUUCAGAAUUGUGUUGUUUUGUUUUCCUUUUUAAUAGAAAGAAGCUGUUUUAAAAAGAUGCUGUGACAUGCC